AUGGUAUCAACAACCUCCUCUUCCGUUGCGCCUCAUCGCGAAGCACCCCGCCCGCCACCGCCCGCCGUUGUCGAAGCAGAGCUGCAAUGGAUAUUCACCGAAGAAGAGCUGCUCCAAGCACCAUCCAUAGUCGAUGGCAUGCCGCCAGAAGAAGAGCGCACGUUACGGCGAAAAGGCGUGAGUUUCAUCCUGCAAGUCGGCAUGAUGCUUAAGCUCCCACAAACCACGCUCAGCACAGCCGCCGUCUUCUUCAACAGAUACUUGAUGCGGUCGAGUCUGAAGCCACGGGCGGGCUAUAAACCGCUGCACCACUACCAAAUCGCCGCCACAGCCCUCUUCCUCGCCACCAAGGUUGAGGAAAACUGCCGCAAGAUGAAAGAACUCGUCGUAGCCUGCGUGCGCGUUGCCCUCAAAGAUCCCAACAAGCUUGUCGACGAACAAACAAAAGAUUUCUGGAAGUGGCGCGACACGAUCCUGUACAGCGAGGACGUGCUGCUCGAGGCCCUGUGCUUUGACCUGAACGUCGAGUCGCCGUACAAGAUCAUGUACGAUAUGAUGAAGUACUACGGCGUCGAGCACAACAAGAAACUGCGCAAUUCCGCCUGGGCCUUUCUCUCCGAUUCCACGAGCACGCAAAUGUGCCUACUCUUCAUGUCGCGCACGAUCGCGGCGGCGUCGCUGUACGCAGGCGCCCGCAUGGCCGAGGUCGCGCUCGAAGACGAGCAGGGGAGACCGUGGUGGGAAGUUCAACACGUCAAGUUGCGCGACAUUAGGCGCGCGUGCAAUCUCAUGGCCGAUUUGUACGAAAAGUCCCCCGAUAAGGAUGGGGAGCCGUCCAUGUACGCCGGUCUACGCACGCCAGAGGAUGGAAUCGACUUUGGCGAUACUCCGGUUAGCAUGGAGGGCGUACAGAGCACGCAGCCCGAACAAGCGCAGAGUCUGGCGCACGCUCAGAAUCAUGGCCAAGCACACACGGCAAAUGGCGGGGAAGAGGCAGGCAAUGCGACGGAGCGUGGUAGUGAGGAGGGUGAAUUGGAUGGUUAG